AUGGCAUCUCCAUCGAAAAUCCCCAAGAAGCCGACAGCGGUCGAGUUCCUCAAGUUCAUUUCAGGCGCCCGCGUUGAUAUCUAUGUCGGCAAGAACAAAAAACACGACAGUGUUCCGAAGGACCUCUUUUGUUACUACUCUACUUAUUUCGAACGGUGCUUUAAUGGCGACUUUAAAGAGGCCAAGCAGGGCAAGCUGGAGCUUCUGGGUGAUGACGUUGAGGACUUCGAGAUUCUGCUCCAGUACAUCCUGCACGGAAACAUUCCUCUGGAGGAUAUCCAGGCGAGAUUCGAAGGUGCAAAUGACCCUGAUCUGGUCCGCAGGUACAUGAGUAUCCUCGAGUAUGCCGACAAGUACAACAUGCAACACUGCAUCGGAGAGAUUCUCUAUCUCCCUAUUAAGACAGGUCUUACAGUACUUGCUUGUGGUGACCGAACCUCCCCAGAAGAUGUUGAGAUGGUCUUCCGGGUCUUUGAGAAAGGCCACAAGCUGAGGAAGCUUGUUACGCAGGCUGCACUGUCGCGACAAGGUCCCUACGGCAAGGUCUUCCAAAAACAGGAAAAGCACAUUCCUGAGUUUGCUUACCAGAUGCUCAAGGAGAUUAGAAAGGCUUCAAAACUAUAUCCUUCCGAGAGCAAGUGGAUUGACCCGAUUACAGGCACUGCAAGACUCUUCUGAGUAAAAGCUUGAUUUCCAAAUAGCCACGAUUUUGGAGUGGACCGAUUUCGGAUAAAGUUCUGCUCAACCUCUAUGCUGCUAUCUGCGAACAAACGAUUUCUAGAGGAUAAUUUCCCGUUCGGGGGAUAUCAGGAUGCAACGCAAGAUUGACCAAAUGGUGCUUUUCUGGAGCUGAGCGGUGCCGAGGAAUGAUCUCAGCAAUGGAAACUCUUCAGCUUAAGAAAACCAAUCAAUCCAUCCUUCCCCGAGAAGAUCAAGAGAUA